AAAGCGUUCAGUUGCUACCGAGCGGCGGAGCUGUUAAGUUGUUGUUUUGUCGUUGUGAACACACACACGCAUACGUGCUUAUAAUUUUGGAACCCUUAGGUGGCGACAGAAGCCUGACGGAAAUUUGAGCCGUGCUGCGUAUUGACGACGAGUUGAGAAACGAAUUAAGCUCAAAAAAGCUGAGAUAAUUGUCGAGCAUAAAACAUUUUGUAGGCGCGCGUUUUGAAAUAGAGCUGUGCAUGGAUAGCAGACAGAAAAUUUUUUCGUUUUCGUUUUCGUUUCCGUUUUGUUUUAAAUUGACUAUAGUGUGCAAUUUAUAAGUGAAAUCUCUGACAAGUGGACAUAAUCAGCCGUCUUAAAACCCAAACAGCAACAAAGAUGGCGCAAGAAACGACAAUAAAUGAAAAUAAUAACAAUCACAAUGGUCACAUACAUGAUCGAUCCACUUCGCCACAUCUGACUAAGUUAAUAAUACCAAUAAAUGGUGAUAAGUCCACCUUUGAUAAAACCUAUAAUACCCCAGUUGCCGAUGCCCAUGCAACGAAACAGAAGAAACCGAAAAAGAAGCGUCGCGACAAAAGUGAUCUGGGUGAUGAUUUCGUAGCGCCCGAUGGUGGCUGGGGUUGGCUGGUCACCGUCGCUAGCGGCGUUGCUGUGUUGGUGACAUUUGGCUUGGCCCAACAAUUUGGCAUUAUUUUCCGAGAUUAUAUGUACGGUAUUGGUAUCACCAGUUCGCAGUUGACGACGAUUAUCAACACACAGAUUGCCGUUUCCGCAUUAACAGGUCUACUCAACGGACCCCUCUUCAGACGGUUUACAUAUCGCCAAGUCGCAUUCGGCGGUUCAACGCUCAUCUUCAUCGGCAUGUUUUUGUCAGUAUUUGCGCAAUCAUUCCUUUUCUUUUUGAUGUCUUUCUCAUUCUUCUACGCCUUCGGUCGUGGUCUCAUGGUAUCGGCGUCUUCGAUGGCUGUUAAUACUUUCUUCAAAGUGAAACGACGCACUGCCACUUCUUAUCAGUUCGGUGUAGCCGGCAUGGGUCCAAUUAUGUUGCCACAUCUCGCCACUUUUCUCACACAAGCUGUGGGCGUCAAAGGCACCGUGUUAAUCUUCUCCGGACUUUCGCUGCAUAACUUUGCCGCCUCACUGAUUUUCCAACCCGUACAAUGGCAUGUGAAAAAAGUUAGAAGCGACGCUGAGUCCUUACGCCCGGGCUCGCAGCAUUUUGAAGAGGAAGAGCCAGAACAAUUUGUCGAACCCGACACACACAGUUUGGCGCGCGCCAAUGACGGCUGGUACGGUUCGCGCACAUCCAUAAAUACGCUUAGCCAACGGCAUCGACUCAGCACUGGUGACAGCGUGCAAAUGCAGAAACUACGCCGUUUAAGCAGCGUUGGCGCUGGCAGAGGCAAACAACGUUCCUUUUCGACCAGUGAGAGUAUUAAGGAGGAUGAGCUCGAACAUUUGCAUAUGAAUAUGGCGUUGCCCACUAAACUGGAGCAUCUGGAUGAGGGACAAGUGGUCGUGCCGUACAAGCAACAGCCACAACAAUUUUCGGAGAAGGAAGAACAUUACUUAACGCCCGAAAAGACGUUAGAGGAAAUGCUAGAUGAAGAAGAAGAGGCACGCCAAAGACUACCAUUCCUACAAAAGGUGAUCAUUUUCUUCGAUUUGGAUUUGUUGCGCGAUUUCACAUAUGUCAAUUUGGCAAUGGGCAUGACAAUAAUCAACUUCGUGGAAAUCAAUUUCGCCAUCUUAACGCCUUUCAUUCUCUCCGAUUUCAAAUUCACGAAUACACAAAUCGCGAUCGCCAUGUCUUGCCUGGGUGUGUGCGAUGUCAUACUGCGUUUUCUCACACCAUUGCUGACCGCCAAAAUACCCUUGAGCAAUAAGAAUUUCUUCAUUAUCGGCAUCUUGGGCAUGUGCUUGGGGCGCGUCUUUCUCAUAUACUGCCGUUCGUUCUAUUGGUUGAUCGCGACUUUUGGCUUUUUGGGUCUUUUCAAGGCAUUCCGCACAAUCUUUGCACUUCUCAUCAUUCCCGGCUAUGUGCCAUUGAAGCGUUUACCGGCCGCGGCGGGUCUACAAUUGCUCAUGUCCGGUAUUUUCUCGCUGGUCUUUGGACCAGUUGUUGGUCUUAUACGUGACGCCACCGAUUAUGGCGUAACUUUGCAUGUUCUCAAUGGUCUUAAUAUUGUAGCGAUCGCAUUAUGGAUAAUCGAAGAUCUCUUGCAUAAGAAGAAGAAGCCAAUGCUAGCAUAGAAAAUAUUCCCAAAAAUAUGUUUAAAUUUAAGUGCCAUUGUUGUAUCGUUCCUAUCACGAUUAAUGUUAUCCAUUAGCUCAUAAAAAUGUAUACAAAUCCAUGAAAUAUCUUAAACGAUAUAUGGUUUUAUGUAAAUACAUACAUUUAUAUAUACAUACAUUUGUGUAAAUAAGUACAUGCGAAAACCCACAACUUUCCUUAUGGCUAGAGAAUCAUUUGUAGACAAGUGUCUUCGGCCAAGUUCAACUCUCUUAUAUAGGGUUUGGUUCAGCUCGUGUAUUCGUAUUCGUGUCUUUGCUCGUGCCAAAAAUGUGUAUACUGACAUACGUAAAUUCACGGUUAUAAGCCUGUAAACAUUUAUAUUUUUUAAAUGUUAGCUAAUGUCCGUUUAUUAAUGAAACAUUUUUCAGUUAAGAAAAUGUUAUAAACAGCUAUAUGAUAGUAUAAAUCUAUGUGUUAUUAUUUUAGUUCAAUUGUAUAUAGUAUUUAUAUAGUUGCGAAGACGCUUAGUUAUUAUUGAAAUAUUGUUAUGUAAUUAAUUUAAGUCUGUAAAUAAUUUGUUAAUAAACUCUCCAUAAUUAAAUAAAUUACGAAAAACCA